UGUUUCGCAACUUCAGGAUGAACACAAUUCGUCCUUGUGGCUGCAAGGGCGUGCGCACCUGUUUGAGCUGCGAGCAGGACUUCCAGAUAGCCAAGCCCUCGCUGCAGGAGCAGUUCCAGCAGCUGGAAUCCUGGGUCUACUGCGUUCACUGCGAACUUUUGCAGCCCGGUUGGGAUACGACCAAGGUGCAAAAUGCCCAUGGAGACCAUAAAAAAGACGAGGGGCUUCCCCUGCCGGGCGUCCUGGUGCAGGAGGGAUUCCUCAGCGCGGAGGAGGGCUCUCAAUUGAUAACCGACCUGGACGCCCUGCCCUGGGACAUCUCGCAGAGCGGGCGGCGUAAACAGAAUUUCGGACCCAAGACAAACUUCAAGAAACGAAAGCUGCAGCUGGGAUCCUUUGCAGGAUUCCCCCGCAGCACGGAGUACGUGCAGCGACGCUUUGAGGAGGUGCCGCUGCUGCGCAACUUCCAGACCAUCGAACAGUGCUCUUUGGAAUACGAACCCAGUAAGGGAGCCAGCAUAGAUCCGCAUGUGGACGACUGCUGGAUUUGGGGCGAACGAGUGGUCACUGUUAAUUGCCUGGGCGACGCCGUGCUCACCCUGACGCCUUAUGAGAUCCAGCAGCCCGGGAAGUACAACCUGGAUUUGGUUUCUGACUACGAGGGGGAUCUUCUGGCGCCGCUGCUUAAAGAGGAUCAGCUGGCCAACUACAAAGGAAAGGUGCUGCGUAUUCCCAUGCCCAACCUCUCCCUGAUUGUUUUGUAUGGACCUGCGAGGUAUCAGUUCGAGCAUUCCGUUUUGCGCCAAGAUGUCGAGGAGCGACGUGUUUGCAUAGCCUACAGGGAGUUCACGCCCAUGUACAUUAAAGGAGAAGACACACAGAAGGGAGAUCCUGUGAGGGAAAAGUCCCAGCUAUUCUGGGAAAUAAAUUAAAGCUUGUUUAAAAGUAAA